AUGAGAAAAAAAGUUGACCCGGUUGCCCGAGCGAACAGCGCUCGCGCAUGCUCUGAUUGUCUCGCCUUCACCGAGUUGACCCCGCUUGGUGAGCAAAAGUGUUUAUAUGGAGAAAAGUUGGCCCGAUUAGGAAUGCGACUCUACCAUCACAAAAUAUUGACCCGGGUCACUCUACUAGCCAGGCCAAUCUUUUGUUUCUUAUGCAUGUUAACAGUUCGCCGUGUUUUGUAAGGAAAUGUAUGAAAAGGUGGCUCGCUCAGGGUAGCUCGGGUAGGCGGGCGACCCUCCACUCGGGACAACUUUUCUCCAUAUAAACGGAUCUUGAGUAAUCAUCAUCCAAACUAAACGCGCGAGGAGACUUGAGAACACGAGGCAUCAUGGGGAGAAGAAAAGCUACAGAAGAAGCGCCAUUUCGCCAAUUCCACCCUCACCGCCCCCUCGCCCCCAGAUUGUUCACAGUCCCCUAUUUUUCGUAAGAUCGUCAAGAUCGAGGGUUUACAAGUACAAACGGCUAUCUUAAUUUCAUAUGUACUGAGGGGCCGUGGGUCGGGGCUUAUAAUCGUUCCCCGCCCCCUAAUUAGAUUUGACACUCAUCCAAGAUGGCCGCCCGCGAACGUAAAGCGCUCGAUCUCGACGAUCUUACGGAAAAAUACGGGGCUGCGCACGGGCUAACCCACUCCCCUGCCACCUUUUACCAAAAUUUACCUAUAUAAAAGAGAGAUAUCCGAGCAAGAAGCAAUUCAUAAUCAACACAAUUAGAAUUUUCAACCGUUCUGUCUUUAGAAUUGAUCAAACUGUGUGAAUAAUAUUAAAGCACAAACAAUGACAAAGAGAGAGUUAAGAAACCUUUAGAGUUGCACUCAAAAUACAACAAAGCUAAACUGUCAUUGUCGGCGAUAGAAAGACUAUAACGGAGAAGGCUAUUUCGCCACAGUACUGAGACUAAACAAUUCUCUUUCACAGACAGCUCAAAACGACUUUUAUCUUUGCCCAAAGAUUUACAAUCAGCCUUGUUUACUUUUUCUUCGGUAAAUUCGAGCUUUUGGUUUCAUGUAUGUUGUUUGUAAAUACUCUUAAAUCGAUUUUUCGUAUUUUGUCCUUCAUCAGCUCUUCCUACAAAAGUGCCUAGUACCGCCAAACCGAGUACACCGCCACCACCAGGUACCAAAGUAGAUUAGGGACCUUACAAAAUGAUACUGUUCUUAUCAGACCUAUAAAAGCUUUGCCACCAGUCUUAUCAGACUUACCAAAGUCUUAGCACUGGUCUUAUCCGGCCUUUCAAAGUCUCGCCACUGGUCUUAUCAGAUCAGACCUAUCUUUAGCUAUCUUUAACAUCUCUUCUCAUUUUUCAAACAGUUUCAUCAACUGCUGAAGCAAGCAUUUCAUCCACGACCAUAGCAGCCAUUACCGUACCAAUCGNGUACCAAAGUAGAUUAGGGACCUUACAAAAUGAUACUGUUCUUAUCAGACCUAUAAAAGCUUUGCCACCAGUCUUAUCAGACUUACCAAAGUCUUAGCACUGGUCUUAUCCGGCCUUUCAAAGUCUCGCCACUGGUCUUAUCAGAUCAGACCUAUCUUUAGCUAUCUUUAACAUCUCUUCUCAUUUUUCAAACAGUUUCAUCAACUGCUGAAGCAAGCAUUUCAUCCACGACCAUAGCAGCCAUUACCGUACCAAUCGUCCUUUUUGUGCUAGUAGGACUAGCGUGA